UUGCCAGCAAGCUACUUAGAAGGAGAACCCGCUGUAGCUGUUGAACCUUCACAUAUACACCUUUCCGAGGAACCCUUACAUGUUCACGUUCCUGUAGAACAUGCUCACAUCGCCGCGAUAGCCCCAACAGUGCCGUUCGCUCCACUCGCUCCGGCGCUUUCACCGGUGUCCAGUAUUCCUUCGGCUCCCGCUGUGGGCUACCAUACGAAGCAGGCCAUGCCUCGGCAACAUCGAUGGUUGCUGGAGGUGGCCACUUACAUGGUUGGGGAAUAA